AUGUCUCUAAACCGCGUCUCGUCUCUCGAGACUUUCAGUAUCCUCCCAAACGACCAGCGGUCUAGGAGGAGCUCCGAUGCCUCGGCUCGCUCCCGCAAGCUGAGCUUCAACCCUCUCCCGCAAUCAUGGGAUCCUCCGGCCCUCGAGCAAAUUCAUGCCGUGGGUGCCUUUGAAGUGCCAAAAUGGAAGCGAAUGCUCCAAGUCACUGCCACGGUCUUUUACUGCCUCUUCUCUGCCGGUAUCGUCUUUGGCUAUGCCGCCAUAAAACCCGUCCUGAAGGACGAGGGAGCCUACCGAGAUGUCUGCCAGGACGGAUCUGUGAGCGAGGACACAUGUGUUGAGAUUCACCUCAAUCUCAUGUUCACUGUGGCCGCCGUUGCCACCAACGUCGCCGCCCUGCCCGUGGGAGCCAUUCUCGAUCGCUAUGGCCCACGCGUGUGCGGCAUGCUGGGCUGCGUCUUCCUCGCAAUCGGCGCCCUUCUCAUGUCGUUUGAGAACAAAGUACCCUUUGAUGGCCUGCUUUUUGGCUACCUCUUUCUAGCCCUGGGCGGCCCAUUCACCUACAUCUCAUCCUUCCAGUUGUCCAAUGCCUUUCCCCGGAAUUCGGGUUUCAUCCUCGCCCUCCUUACUGGCGCCUUCGACGCAUCCAGUGCCUUGUUUUUGAUAUACCGAAUCGUCUACGAGAAGUCGGGUAGAGCCUUUGGUCAUAGACGCUUCUUCUUGGCCUACCUCGUUGUGCCUGUUGUCAUCAUCGUCAUCCAGCUGACGCUGCUGCCCGCCCAGUCCUAUAAGACGGUAGGUGAACUGGUUGAGGAAAUUGAGGAACCUAUUCCCGACGACGGCCCGUAUGACCAGAUUGACGAGCAUACUGCUCUCCUCCACGAAGAGGAGAGACAGCACCGCGAGGAGGUGGUGUCCGGCAUUCAAGACCUGCUCGGCUCAGCCAAGGCGGACAAGCAGGCGAAGCGCGAAGAGCGCAAGAACGAGAUAUCGGGUGUGUGGGGAGUAAUGCACACGCAUACGUCAAUGGAACAGAUCAAGUCGCCCUGGUUCAUUCUCAUCUGCAUGUUUACCGUCAUUCAGAUGACCAGAAUCAAUUACUUUGUCGCCACCAUACGCCCGCAAUACGAGGCCAUCUUCGGGUCUGUCGACAAGGCCAUCAAACUCAACAACUUCUUCGAUGUUGCGCUCCCGCUCGGCGGCAUCCUGUCGAUCCCGUUCAUCGGCCUCGUGCUCGACCGCACCAGCACCGUGACGGUGCUCACGGCCCUCGUCGCCUGCGCCACCACCAUUGGCUUCUUUGGCGUGAUACCUAAGAUGUGGUCCGCCUACGCCAACAUCUGCCUCUUCGUCCUCUACCGCCCCUUUUACUACACGGCCGUCUCCGACUACAGCGCAAAGGUCUUUGGCUUCCGCACCUUUGGCAAGGUCUACGGCACCAUCAUCUGCCUCUCGGGCCUCUUCAACUUCUCCCAGUCGGGCCUCGACUACCUCUUCCACGAGACCUUUGGCGGCAACCCCGUCCCCGUCAACCUCAUGCUGCUGUCGACCGGCCUGGCCAUCGGCAUUGCCCUCGUCACCUUUGUCGCUGUCAAGUCGAGGCACAUCAAGCGCAAGAUGCUCGAGGAAGAGGCCCAAACCGCUUUUUCCACCCCGCACUGGGGCUGA